UGCACGUACGAAUUGCCGUUGUGUAUUGUUGUUGUUGUCCAUCACAGUACACUGAUUAGCUCUAGAUAAGUAAACAAUCGGACGGUAAACAACGGUUUUGUGUUGCGGGUUUCGUAUGGAUUGGUUAUAGUUAGUGACGUGGUGUAAAAAAAGGCCUCAAAAUUGAUCUGGACCUCCAGAGGCAGGCCUCGAACGGCCACUUUAUUAGAUCGGUUAGCCAGAUGUGCGAAACCGGUUUCAAUGCCGCCGAAGGUUUUUCGAGAAUGGCUUCUCUCGGAGGCACCGCGCUGGGCGUACCUCAGGGUCUACAGGCGCCCCAAGCGAACAAGAAGCAAGAAGACCACAUCAAGAGGCCGAUGAACGCAUUCAUGGUAUGGUCCAGGCUCCAGAGGAGAAAAAUCGCUCAGGAAAAUCCCAAAAUGCACAAUUCAGAGAUCUCAAAAAGAUUAGGAGCUGAAUGGAAACUGCUUACGGAAGACGAGAAAAGGCCUUUUAUCGACGAAGCCAAACGGCUGAGGGCCAUGCACAUGAAAGAACAUCCGGAUUAUAAAUACAGGCCUCGCAGAAAACCGAAAACCUUGAGGAAAGAGGGUUACCCCUAUUCGAUUCCGUACCCUUCGGUGCCAAUGGACGCUCUUAGGGCAGGUAUGGCAGCUAGUAGCAUGGGUCAAUCGAUGGCGUCUUAUUAUAACCCCUCUGCUGCGUACGGUUCUCUAAGCGCAGCAUCGAUGGCGGCCGCUGCUGCAGCUGCUCAGCAAUCUGCGGCUGCCAUGUCUGCUGGACUGACAGCACCUGGACAGGUCGUUAGUUCAAUGGACGCCAUGAAAUACUCAAUGGAGGCUGACAAAUACCGCUCGCCGUACAUGCCUCCCUCCACUCUAACAAUGUCGAUGUAUUCGGACCCAAAGUACAUGGACACUUCCUCCAAAAGUUAUCUCGAAAGGGGAUACCUAGACUCGACAUCGGCCCUAACCAAAGCAUAUUUCGAAUCGUCCAAAAUGUACAUGGACGGCAAAUACAACACCGAAUCUUCCCGUCCUUAUCCUUCUUUGGACAUUAGCAAAAUGUACGCGGAUUCCAACAACCCGAGUAACAAUAUGCAACAGCAGAUGUCGUCGGGAAUUACUGGCCUCGGAUCGCCGAGAUCGUCCGAAUCUCCAGACAAACCCAGUCAGGAAAGGCUGGACGCUGCUUCGUCGUCCAGUUCCACUACAACAUCUUCAGCUGGCGCCUCACCCGGUGGUUUACCGGGAUAUUAUCCGGGGGCCGCUAUUCAACAGGGUAAUUCGGUACCGGCAAUACUGCCGAUGGCCCAGUAUCCCAGCCAGUAUCCGUCGCAGGCCCCUGGUAGUGAGUUCCGAAGGCCUCUUACUGUAAUAUUUUGACCAGAUAACUUGUGAAUGUGAUUAGUGAUAUCUGUAGGUGCGUAUUGUAAUAUUUUGGUGUUAAAAGCUCUUAAGGUAAGAUCUUUUAUAGCGAUUUGUUCCAGUUGGUAUCGACAUGGUACUGACAAUUUUUGUUCCUCCCCACCACCCACUAUUUUCGGAUUGUCGGAUUGUAAUUUGUGCGGAAAUCUUACCAAAAGCUUCCCUCAUUAACUGAAACAUUAUGAUAUCAUUAUUUUUGAUUCGGUCAUUCGGGAUUUGGGAACAAACAUUGUGAGUUCGUUGUCCACAAAUUUUUGCUGAAUGCAUUAUUGUAAUAUAAACGAACGUAUAAUCGGUUCCUUUUAUAUUCCGAGAAUAAGCUGGAAUGUUGCAGCUAUCAAAUUACAUUUUCAUCGUCGAAUUCGUCACCCAACGGAAAAUUCUUGACGUGCCAUUUUAUGAAAAAUAAUUUACGAUUUUACUUAUGGAGCCAUAUAAUAUUAUCGAUGCUUCUGGAGAAGUUUAUGUAUGUUGUUGAGUUUAAUAAGUCUGUGAAAUUCUCAGAUCACUUGUCUGGUGAUUUUUUCUUACAAUAUCAAAACGCUAUUUUCAUUUUCCUAGUGAAGCUUAGCGACUGGUCAAUAAUGUUCAAAAGUAAAGCUACAUUGGUGUAUUGCGAUACUAGAUAGGAUAUUCGCCUUCUGGUAACGCAUGAACUUACUAAUGGAAGUGUUAACAACUGCCUUCGAAGGAUAUGACCUUACACACUGUUUAUUUUAUUCGAAGUACUCUUGGGAAACGAAUACCUACGUAGACGACCCGCCAUAGAAUCGUUUUGUAAAAAAUGUAGAUAUGUUUAUUUUGUAAAUAAUAUAAGAUUCGUGUUUAGCGAAUGCAGUUAGGAAAUUAGUGUUUAAACGACGUUGUUUUUUGCGCUCCAACGCUUCACUUUGUUGUUAUAGACUGUAAAAAAUUUUAUUUCCCUCGGAGUAUUUGUUUUCGUUCCUACCCUCUCCUGUAAACAAAUAGCCAAUAACUUAUACUUAAAGUAUUGUGUAUAUCUUGUUAUAUUUAUCGACACGUAUUAGAAAAAGACUUAACAUAA